UGUGUAGAUUUCAAUUUGAGCGAAAUAAUGAUGAAAAUAUUUUUGAUAAGUUUAUUAUUUUGUUUAACGUCUGGGUGCAGGAUAACAAUAGAUGGUGCAAAAUAUAAUCCAGCUGCUUGCAAUGAUAAUUUCAAAAGACUGGAAUAUAAGAUUAACCAAAUGACGGAAACUCUGUCAGCAAAGAUUGGGCGUAUACAACAAGUAAACAAGUGUGAUUUCCAAGGCUGUAAGACAUCAAAAUGUCCUAUUGAAGAUGUUGCAUAUAAAAAAACAAGCCAACAAAGCUCCACGUAUUCUAGUAUUUGUCUAGCUAGACAUGGAAACGACGGAAAUAAGAAAACUUUCACUGCUACCAAGCAAGAAUGGUUACCAUACUGGUGGGUAGACCUUGGACAUGUAUAUGACAUAAAACGAAUUGAGAUCUUUAACAGAUUUGAUGGUCUUAAUCAUAUUGUUGAUUUAUUUUCCGUUUUAGAUUUCAUUAAUAUAAAAGAAGUUAUAUUGACAGGAAUAUUACAAUUGUACUUUUUAUUUAAAUUAGGCGAACGGCUUCAUGACCUUGACAUCACUAUUGGACCAACUUUGAAUGAUAUGGCAUUGUGUAUACACUACAAAGGUCCUGGAAAGACAAACGAGCACCUUAUAUUUCGUUGCCACCGAAAAUUGAGAGGCCGAUUUGUUAAAUUGAGCAUCAAAGGAAGGGAAUACCUUCAAAUGUCUGAAGUAAAAGUGUAUGCACCCCUAAUAAACUGUUAAAUUCGAAAUAAAGAUUAAAUAGAAACUGUCA